AACACCAAGCGCGCCCUCCAAUUCAUCAACAUCUCCACUCCAGAAGACACCCAAGACCCUUCAGCCCGCCGCAAAGCCCACCAACAUGCCAUGCGUGAUAUCGGCCUAUCGCGCCGCAAGCCGCGAAAGAAACGCGGUGUUACUGACAUCCCCCUCGAUCUCACACAUUUCUAUUCUGCCAUCUCAAACCACAAUACAUAUCUCCCAAGUCGUACAUCUCUACCCGUCUCUAUCUCUCCAUACCAGCCCCUCAGCCUCGGCCAAGGCGAAAUCGACCCCUUCCUCCCCUACCCCAUCCCCCUCACGCCCUCCAUCCGCGAGCUGGUCGCCCACAUCUUCCGCAACGACGCCGCCGGCUGCUUGCGCGCGCUGCGGGACGACUGGUUUCCAGUCGGUCUGGCGAGCACGGUGUCCUUCCAUCUCGUGCUGUCGAACUCGGCGAUGAGCCUAGCUUAUCUACGGGUUAAGAGCGGAGGCGGUGAGAAGGGGAUGGCGGUGGGCGAUAGCGAGAGGAGCUUGAAGCAUCUCGGAAACGCGAUCCGGGGAUUGAGUAGUGAGUUGGCGGACGAGAAGUUUAGGGGGAGCGACGAGGCGGUGGGCGCUGUGGCGGGGUUUUUGUGCCAUGAUGCAGCGGUCGGCCAGCGAGACAGCUGGCUCAAGCACCGCGAGGGCCUGAAAAACGUGCUUGAUUUCCGGGGUGGUAUAGAUGCUAUAAGCAGCAACAAGAGUCUGCGGACGACGAUAUCUUGGGUCGAGCUCCGCGGCGCCUACACCUGGAACCUCCGCCCCCAAUUCCCCCUCCCACCCGCCUGGACCUCCCUCUGCCCCCAUCUCUCACCUUUCCAACCUCAGGCACCCAGCUCCAACCACCCCAUCCUAGCAGCCUGCACCCAGCUCUUCACCCCCUCAUCCCCCUUCCUCUCCAUUUUCUCUGACCUCAUCGACUUCUCAGUCUCCACAUCCUCCACCUCCGCUGCACAGGGCCCAGAGUUCUGGAUGAAAGCCACCGACGGUGGCGGCUGGCCCGGCGUGCUCGCCCACCGCCUCCUCUCGUGGUGCCCGUUCGAUGACCUUACGACGCACAGCGCCAACCGCAAGCAUAUCGAGGAGUGCUGCCGGCUGGCGUGUCUACUGUACAUCGCGCCGGUAUGGCGGAAGUUCGGGACCGGGCCUGUGCUGACGGCGGCGCUGGUUGAGAAGCUAGUCGCGCAGUUGAGGGGGAUGUCGGAUUUGGGUGGUGAUUGGGGCGCGUUGUGGGAGUUGGAGGUGUGGGUUUUGGUUAUGGCGGGGAUGGGAGUUGAGGAGGGGGCUGUGAAGAUGGGGGAGAUUGUGGGGUUGUUAGUGGAGGUCAUGAGGGAGAGGGGAUUGCGAGGGUGGGAGGGGGUGCUGGAUGUUGCGAAGGGAGUGGUGUGGAUUGCGGAUGUGUUUGAUGGGAGC